AUAAGUAUACAACAGACAGUUGCCGUUUCGUCCAGUACUUGCUCCGCCUCCGCACGGACUGUUGGGGAGUAAAAUAUUAUAAGGUUUUAGACAAAGACAGAAUCGUAUGUGUUUUUUAACAUAGAGUUUUGGUUAUACACGAAUAAAGUAUUGGCGCUGUGAGAGAUGGAACUUACUAAAUAUUUUUGGUUUUGUCUAACAUGGUCCCUCAUAAAAGCGGCACCACAAUGUAAAUAUAAAGCUGAUAAACAAACAGAAUUAGUUUGCACAUCUUCAGAGGAAGAUUUCAUCUUAACGAGAGGACUCGUCUCCGAUAACAAUAGGACGAGCGCUGUCACUCUCAGAGGCUGUAGAGUAUCUGGUGUGGAGUAUGAGGCAUUCGAGAAUAUGGCUUCGCUGAAAUAUAUUGACCUCUCACAGAACAAUAUAUCCGAACUGAAGCUAGGUGUUUUGGACGACAUUAAAACGGUCACACACUUAAAUUUAUCACGCAAUUCGUUAUCAAAGUUUCCGCUUGGCUUAUUUGACCAAUUGCCGGAUCUUUCUACGCUCGAUCUGACCAAUAACCUGUUGGAGAAUAUUGAAUUAGGUGUGUUUGACCCUUUGGAAAAAUUAAAACAUCUCAGUUUAUCCAACAAUCUGCUGCGCGGUGAUAAUAUAAAUCCAUAUAUAUUUGAUAGGAAUUUCCAUUUGAUGUAUUUGGAUUUGUCCAGGAACCGUUUGACUUCUGCCCCCUCUCAUCUCCUGAACGCGCUCCAAGUUCUGGAAACCCUGGUAUUGGAUAAGUGUCUGCUCAAUGAUGUGCCGCUGUUUGUUAUGAAAAAUAACCUGAAAUCUCUAAAGACACUUUCCCUGGCGAGCAAUCAUGUUAGCAAAAUUGACGACCCAUUGAUGUUUCUUAAUGUAGAUAACCUUGAACAUUUGAACUUGGCAGAUAAUAAUAUUGCAACAAUAGAGGGAAGCGUCUUCAAAACGCUAAAAAAACUGAAGUCGAUUACUCUACGAGGUAAUAAACUGACAGCAUUACCAGCAGAGCUGUUCCAGGACAUGAAGGAUCUAGCAAACAUCGACUUAUCGCAUAAUACAAUUUCGACCAUCAACGUCAACAGCUUCCGUGGGACGUCAGUGAAGAAUUUGAACCUAGCCAACAAUAAGCUGACAUAUUUGACAAGUAACUUCUGUUUGGAGUUGAGGAACUCCGGGGCCAAGUUGACCAAAUUCUACUUCAACCAGAACCCCUGGCAGUGUGCGUGUUUGAGGGAUAUUGUUGAUGAAGUGAAACGACUGGCUAUCGCUUACAACAGCAGACAAUAUGACGGGAGCCAACCCGUGUGCGUCACGACCGAGGAGUUCAGCUGCAAGAGACAUGACAGUUUCAAUAGUGUUUACAUUAAAAUGUUUGAUAACUUAGUUGUGAAUACACAAAACUUAUAGUUUAAUAACUCGCAGUGUUAAGACAAAUGAGGAUAUUUAAGAGGACGUAUUAAAUGAUUCUGUUUAAGCGA